ACUAGUAUUGAUUUUGCAAACUACGAAAAUGUUGUUAUCUUUUGUGGUAAUUAAAUAUAUCAUAUGUAUAUACUCUGUGCACCGUUUUUUACACUUGUCAAAAUUUUGAGUGCCUUUUGAUUGAUUCACAUAUAAUGUCCUUUUUGCAAAAAAUGGUACAUAUGGUUCAGUGGUUUUUAAAACUUCUCGCUGAGGUGUAUUUGGGAGGAACCGUUCUUACAGGAUUGAAUCCUCGAAGAGAUUUGCCCCACCAAGAUUUAAAAAAUAUGGUCAGUAAUAUUUUGUAUCCUUGCUCUUGUCGAAGUCCUUGCACGCAUUUGUGCGACGAUACGAAAAAAGAAAACGAAAAUACGGUUCGGUUUUCGUGUCCAGUCCCGAAUUGUUUGUUCCUAUCGAAAACCAAAGAGAAUAUCCAACAGCACUUACUACAGAAACAUGUCGACUUUUGUUUGAAAGAAUCUUUUCGGCAAAAGAAGCCGAAAAACCUCUGGGAAGUGGAUAAUAAGAAAAAAAUAUAAAAAAAAAUCGUCAAUUAUUUGCAAAUGGUGGACGACUGUAAGACCAAUUUAGUGCAAAUUCGUGUAUUUACUGCCCUCUUUUGUAAAUAUGGUCAAAUUGAAAAUUGAAACGAAUAUAAUAUCUAAACAAUUUUGUGCGUUUUACUUUGUUACAUUUAAAUGAAGUGAAUACAGAUUUAAGGAUGAUGCAGUGGCUGUGAAAUGUUGUUAAACAAUAAAUAAUUAAUUGAUCAACAUUAUAAGGUCGUCAGUCCUAAG